UUCACCUUCCCUAUAUACAUCUCUCGUCUCAUCCAUCACAAACACACAAAAGAAAACAAAUUGUAAGUCGACAUGAGUUCCCUCCAAGACGCGAAAAAUGGGGCGGUGUUAGAGACGCAGUCGUCGUCUUCCACGGUGGUGGUACAUUCUGGUGAACCAUCACCGCUUAGAAAAAUCAUAUCCGUAUCUUCUAUCGCCGCCGGUGUACAGUUCGGGUGGGCUCUACAGCUAUCUCUCCUGACUCCAUACGUUCAGCUUCUCGGAAUCCCACACAAGUGGUCCUCCCUCAUCUGGCUAUGUGGUCCCAUCUCCGGCAUGCUCGUACAACCAACAGUCGGUUACUACAGCGACCGAUGCACCUCAAGAUUCGGUCGUCGCCGUCCCUUUAUCGCUUCCGGAGCCAUCCUCGUCGCCGUCGCUGGUUUACUCAUCGGGUACGCCGCUGAUCUCGGCAAGCUAGCUGGAGACAAACUCGACGAGACUGUGAAGGUACGUGCCAUAUGGUUCUUCGCUCUUGGUUUCUGGAUCCUGGACGUAGCCAACAACACUCUCCAAGGACCUUGCCGCGCGUUCCUUGCAGAUUUAGCCGCGGGGGACGCGAGGAAAACGCGGACCGCAAACGCGUUUUUCUCGUUCUUCAUGGCUGUCGGAAACAUUUUGGGGUACGCGGCGGGGUCGUACACCAACCUCCACAAGAUGUUUCCGUUCACGAUGACUAAAGCGUGCGAUGUAUACUGCGCGAAUCUCAAGAGCUGUUUCUUCCUCUCCAUCAUUCUCCUCCUGGUCCUCACCGUUGUGUCGCUCUACUACGUCAAAGACAAGCAAUGGGAGAAAGAAGACACAGACGUGAAAACUCCGUUCUUCGGAGAGAUCCUUGGAGCCUUCAAGGUGAUGGAGCGUCCCAUGUGGAUGUUAAUAAUAGUCACGGCGUUAAACUGGAUCGCUUGGUUCCCUUUUCUUUUGUUCGAUACUGACUGGAUGGGUCGUGAGGUGUACGGUGGAGACUCGGGAGGAAACGAAAUUUCGAAGAAGCUUUAUAACCAAGGAGUACACGUUGGUGCGUUGGGACUGAUGUUAAACGCGAUCGUUCUUGGGUUCAUGUCGCUUGGUGUUGAAUGGAUUAGUAGGAAAAUGGGCGGAGCUAAACGGCUAUGGGGAGUUGUGAACUUUAUCCUAGCAGUGUGUUUGGGCAUGACGGUUUUGGUUACAAAGUUGGCGGAUGAUCACCGGAAAACCGCCGGUGAAUUCGCCGGUCCGACCGGUGGCGUUAGAGCUGGGGCAUUGACUCUCUUUGCUCUUCUUGGUAUUCCACUAGCUGUCACUUUCAGUAUCCCCUUCGCACUAGCUUCCAUAAUAUCAAGUAGCUCUGGCGCCGGCCAAGGACUUUCAUUGGGAGUUCUAAAUUUGGCAAUCGUGAUACCACAAAUGGUGGUGUCACUUGGAUCUGGACCGUUCGAUUCGUGGUUUGGAGGUGGAAACCUACCAGGAUUUGUGUUUGGAGCUAUUGCAGCGGCACUCAGUGGCGUAGUCGCAUUUACCGUUCUGCCUUAGUUUUCUUUUACGUUUGUAUAUGUAUGUUUUAUCAAUGCCAGCUCUAAUAAUUUAAUACCCCCUAGACCAAGCACAAAAAU